UUUUUAGAUCCACCGGCGAAAUCACUUGAGGAAAAAAAAAAAAAGAGGCUUGAUUUUUCUUCUUCUUCUUCUCCUCUCAUCUUUUUUUUUGUCUGCUUCUUCUUUGACAAGCUCAUUGCUUUGUCUUUGAUCCUGCCUGUAACACGAAUUCGGAGGAAUACCCGUUUCGAUUCUCGUAUCGAAUUGCUUAAAUCAAUCUACAAAGAGACGGCGGGAAUCUCAAAUUCGGAAUUUUGCUGGUUGUCGUAAAUCCAAAUGCGGUCUGAGAGAGGAAGGCUACAAAGAAUAAGAAGAUCGAAUCAGAGUCUAACAUCAUCGGAUUUGGGAGCUACCCAGAAAGCCAGAUCGAGAUCGGAGAAGAAGAGGAAUCGCGUAGGGAGGUGAUGUUGUUUGGUUGGGGAUUGGGUGGAAUUAGGGUUUUAUUCGAUUCGAUUGAUCUCAAUACAACAGUGGGGCUGCACGAACAAGGAUGCAGCUUCACAUAUCGCCGAGCAUGAGAAGCAUUACGAUAUCGAGCAGCAAUGAGUUUAUUGAUUUGAUGAAGAUCAAAGUCGCAGCUCGUCACAUUUCUUACCGAACUCUCUUCCACACUAUCUUAAUCCUCGCUUUCUUGUUGCCUUUUGUCUUCAUCCUAACCGCUGUUGUUACCCUUGAAGGUGUCAACAAGUGCUCCUCCUUUGAUUGUUUUGGGAGGCGGUUAGGACCACGUCUUCUUGGUAGGAUAGAUGAUUCAGAGCAGAGACUAGUUAGAGAUUUUUACAAAAUUCUAAAUGAAGUAAGCACUCAAGAAAUUCCAGAUGGUUUAAAGCUUCCAGAUUCUUUUAGUCAACUUGUUUCGGAUAUGAAGAACAACCACUAUGAUGCGAAAACAUUUGCCCUCGUACUUCGAGCUAUGGUAGAGAAGUUUGAAAGGGAAUUAAGGGAAUCCAAAUUUGCAGAACUCAUGAACAAACACUUUGCUGCAAGUUCAAUUCCAAAAGGAAUUCACUGUCUCUCUUUAAGACUAACUGAUGAAUAUUCCUCCAAUGCUCAUGCCCGGAGACAGCUUCCUUCCCCGGAGCUUCUCCCUGUUCUCUCAGACAAUGCUUACCACCAUUUUGUUCUAGCUACAGACAAUAUCUUGGCUGCAUCGGUUGUGGUCUCAUCUGCUGUUCAAUCAUCUUCAAAACCCGAGAAAAUUGUCUUUCAUGUUAUCACAGACAAGAAAACCUAUGCGGGUAUGCAUUCUUGGUUUGCACUCAAUUCUGUCGCUCCUGCGAUUGUUGAAGUCAAAAGUGUUCAUCAGUUUGACUGGUUAACAAGAGAGAAUGUUCCGGUUCUCGAAGCUGUGGAAAGCCAUAACAGUAUCAGAAAUUAUUACCAUGGGAAUCAUAUCGCUGGUGCAAACCUCAGCGAAACAACUCCUCGAACAUUUGCUUCGAAACUGCAAUCAAGAAGUCCCAAAUACAUAUCUUUGCUCAACCAUCUAAGAAUAUAUCUACCAGAGCUUUUUCCGAACUUAGACAAGGUAGUGUUCUUAGAUGAUGAUAUAGUGAUACAGAGAGAUUUAUCUCCGCUUUGGGAUAUUGACCUUAACGGGAAGGUUAAUGGAGCUGUAGAGACUUGUCGAGGAGAAGACGUAUGGGUUAUGUCAAAGCGUCUUAGGAACUACUUCAAUUUCUCUCACCCACUCAUCGCAAAGCAUUUGGAUCCCGAAGAAUGUGCUUGGGCUUAUGGAAUGAAUAUCUUCGAUCUACGGACUUGGAGGAAGACAAAUAUCAGAGAAACUUAUCAUUCUUGGCUUAAAGAGAAUCUGAAGUCGAAUUUAACAAUGUGGAAACUUGGGACAUUGCCUCCUGCUCUAAUAGCAUUUAAAGGUCAUGUUCAGCCAAUAGAUUCGUCUUGGCAUAUGCUUGGAUUAGGUUAUCAGAGCAACACCAACUUAGACAAUGCGAAGAAAGCUGCAGUGAUUCAUUACAAUGGCCAAUCAAAGCCAUGGCUCGAGAUAGGUUUCGAGCAUCUCAGACCCUUCUGGACGAAAUAUGUUAACUACUCCAAUGAUUUCAUAAAGAAUUGUCAUAUCUUGGAAUAGCAAACAGAAAGCUUCCAGAUAAUCUAGAAGCAGACUGGAGAUUUCGCGGGUUCUGCAGAUUUACUCGGAUUUUAGCUGGACAAUGAAACCAGUUGCAGAGCAGCAGAAAAAAGAGAGAGAGAGAGAGAAAUAAAGAUUCAUUCUUCUGUAAAAAUAGAAGGUACCCUUUUUGAGAUUCUUUUUGGUUUUGAAGUAAAGAUUCCAAUUUUGGAUCUGUUAUAAGAACAGGGAAGGUUUAAGGACACCCCCCAAGAAGAAAUUGGAUUUUGGUCAUGACCACAACAGUCCCAAGGACCAACAACACACUGUUGCAUUUGCUCCACUUGUACUCUUUUAUAUUUUUUUGGUUCGAUUUUUGACAGUUAAAAUUCCACAUUUUUUUUUUGACUAUUUGAUUUCAUUAGGUUUUAGGGAUUUUAUAUGGACAUUAUUGCUUUGUUAAGGUCCCUAAUUUUUAUUUUUUUCAUCAUUGUUAAGGUCCCUAUUUGAUCAAUCAAUGACACUUUUCUUGA